AUGUCUACAGACUCGACCGUGACAUCGUGUCCAACCUCGACAGCAACUUACGGUCCGCCAGCAUCACAUCCCACAACAUCUGCACCCUCGUUUGGUGGUCCAGGCGGAUAUCCGGGUCAGGGUGGUCCGCCGUCAUCAAGUAACUGGUGGCAAUUCUGGCAACACAGUGUCGCGUUUCAACCCCCUAACUCGCACAACGCCAUACCAGGAUCAACUAUAGUCGCUCCCAAGCCUUCGGCAUCAGCUGCGGCAGGCUCCGCGGGCGCGGCGGGCCCCGGUGUUGCACUCACCAACUAUCAGCAGGUUGGCAACUCGACCCUGGGCACACUCAACCAGCCUUAUCUCCCGCAGUGGCUGGACGGCGGCUCGACACCACCUUGGGGCGCCAAUCGCACUGUUUACAACUCUGACGCAACCGUCAAGGGCGACAUUCCGGUCACUAACGUCACAAGGUUCUACGACUGGACUGUCAAGCGUAGCCGUAUCAGCGCAGAUGGCGUGCUGAGAGACGUCAUUCUCGUUAACGAUAUGUUCCCGGGUCCGAUCAUCGAGGCGAAUUGGGGAGACUGGAUCCAGGUGACUGUGCACAACAACAUUUCGAGCCCAUUCGAAGGCACUUCGCUGCAUUGGCACGGUCAGAUCAUGAAGGGCACGCCUUGGGAAGACGGCGUUCCUGGUGCUGGACAAUGUCCAAUCGCACCCGGUCACUCUUUCACUUACUUUUGGAGGGCUGAGCUCUUUGGCUCGUCUUGGUGGCACGCACAUUACAGCGCACAGUACACCGCGGGUGUCGCUGGGCCUAUGGUUGUUCACGGGCCAUCACCUCUGCCCUACGACAAUGACGUCGGCCCGGUCAUGGUGUCUGACUGGUACCAUAUUCCGUACUUCAGCAUUGUCAGCGAUGCCGUCGGCACCAACUUCUCGCUCAUCCCGCCGACUAGUGACGCGGUCCUGAUUAACGGUCGCGGUCGGUACAACUGCUCGGACCCAUCGUAUGCGAGUGGCCAAGAGCUACUUGCCAGCAACAUCAUGUCCAACAUCUCCUGGCAGUGUACCGAGAAUGCACCUUUGUCCAUGUUUCGCUUUCAAAGCGGCAAGGUCCACAGGCUUAGACUCAUCAACCACGGUUCGAACGGCGUCCAGAAGAUCUCGAUUGACAACCAUAUGAUGACCGUCAUCGAGACCGACCACGUACCGAAUAUCCCAUAUAACACUUCCAUCGUGACUUUGGGAGUGGGCCAGCGGACUGAUGUCUUGGUUACGGCGAACAUGGCGCCCAAUACUGCCGUGUGGCUUCGAACCCAUGCAGGCGGUGCUGAACCCUGUGGCGGUUCGCAAAACCCAGACAUGAUGGCUGCGAUCUACUACGAGGGCGCCAACACCAAUGCUGCCCCGACCUCUUCGUCUUCCGCCACCAACGAAACCUGCCUCAAUGAUGCGUUGACGAUUACACGACCUGCGUUCCCCAUCACACCCACCAACACUUCCUUCAUCCAAAAUCUUGAGUUGACACUGGAGGUCAACUCUACCGGUUCGUUCGAGUUCCGCGUUAACGGCCAGAGGUGGCACGUUGACCUCAAUGUGCCCCUUCUGCCCCAGUACGCUUCAGGCAACUUCACCUUCGAGCCGCAGUGGAACGUCUACAACUUCUACGAGAACAACACGGUCAUCUUGAACAUCACCAACAACAUGCCGCUCGUUCAUCCCUUCCAUCUUCACGGUCACAACUUCUACGUCCUCAAUAGCGGAGCAACCUGGAACGGUGAGAUCGUCAACCCUGAGAACCCGAUGCGCCGUGAUGGUAUCCUCAUCCCGCCUUACGGAUUCGCUGCGAUCCAGUUCGAGCUCGACAACCCGGGUGUCUGGCCACUCCAUUGCCACGUUGCAUGGCAUCUUAGCGGCGGCCAAGGUAUCCAGAUCGCCUACAGACAUAACGAGAUCGUCCCGAUACCUAGCAACUUCACCUCGCUAUCAUGCGACGACUGGAGCUACUACUCACAACAUAACGUUGUUGACCAGAUCGACGCUGGCGCAUGA